AUGACCAUUGCCUCUAGAGCUCUCUUUCUCUUCCAGAAAUCAAUCGCAAUAGCAAGCACUCUAACAACAACACAAAAGCCCCAAAGUUGGAGAAUCCAAUUCAAACAAACCCAAUUAGUUUCCCAAAUUUCCUCUAUUCUCUUGCAAAGACAAACAAAUCAAUGGCCUUCACUUCUCAAGAACCUCAAACUUUGUUCUUCACAAUUUACUCCAUCUCUCUUCCUUCAAAUCCUCCACAACACCCGAACCAACCCACAAGUCUCUCUACGCUUCUUCGACUAUGCCAAGAACAAUUUUGGGUUCCAACCUGAUGCCAAAGUUCUUUGUACACUUGUGUAUAUACUUCUCGGGUCCGGACUAUCCAAACCCGCAAAACCCAUCUUGGAUUCUCUCAUUCAAACAUACCCACCAGCCCAAAUUGUGGUUUUCUUGAUUCAGUCAUUGAAAGCUGGUGAUAUUCACAUUCAGUCUUCAGUCUUGAGCUCAGUUCUUGAAUGUUACUGCAAUAAAGGUUUGUUCCUGGAAGCUCUUCAGGUUUAUCAAAUAGUUAGAGAAUAUGGCUAUUUUGUGUCUGUUAAUUGUUGUAAUACAUUGCUUAAUUUACUACUCAGUAAGAAUGAUUUAAGACUGGGUUGGUGUUAUUAUGGUUCUAUUAUUCGUAAUGGGGUUCAGGAGAAUGUGGUUACAUGGUCUUUAAUUGCUCAGAUGCUUUGUAAAGAUGGGAAAUUUGAGCAAAUUGUUCCUAUUCUUGAUAAGGGUAUAUGCAGUCCUCUUAUUUAUAACAUACUCAUAGACUGCUAUUCUGAAAGAGGGAAUUUUGAAGCUGCAUUUGGUUAUUUAAAUGAUAUGUUCAGUAAAAGUAUUGAUUCUACCUUUAAUACUUUUAGCUCAAUUCUUGAUGGUGCUUGCAAAUAUCAAAAUGCCGAAGUGAUUGAAUCAGUGAUGAGUUCCAUGGUGGAAAAAGGACAUCUCCCGAAAGUUGUGUCACCUGACUAUGAUUCUGUGAUUCGAAGGUUCUCUGAUAUGGGAAAAGCAUAUGCAGCUGAAUUGUUUUUCAGGGAAGCUUAUGAAAAAAGGAUUAAGCUACAAGACAAUACUUAUGGCUCUAUGCUAAGGGCAUUCUCCAAGGAAGGUAAAGCUGAAGAUGCUAUUUGGAUGUACAACAUUAUAGUUGAGAGAAAAAUAUUCAUCAGUGACAAAUGCUAUAGUGCCUUCAUGAGUGUCCUAUGCAAUGAAAAUCCAUCACUGGAAGUUAGCAGUUUGUUGAAAGACUUGAUAGGAAGAGGAUUCAUACCUCCCGUAUCUCAAGUAUCUAAAUUUAUAGUUUCUCAAUGUGAAAAGCGUCAGUGGAAAGAAGCUGAGGAGCUUCUGAAUGUAAUUUUUCAAAGAAGACUUCAGUUUGAAUCUUUUUGUUGUUGCUCUUUGGUGCGGCACUAUUGCUUUAGCAGAAGGAUUGAUUCUGCCAUUUCUUUACAUACUGAACUAGAGAGACUUGGUGUUGCUUUAGAUGUAGAGACCUAUGGUUUACUACUUGACAGACUGUUUAAAUCAAGACGGUGUGAAGAAGCUCUAAAGAUCUUCGAUUACAUGAGAACACAUGAUAUGUUAAGCAGCGAAAGUUUUUCAAUCAUGAUUAGAGGGCUAUGUCAGGAACAGGAGUUUAGAAAAGCAAUGAGACUGCAUGAUGAUAUGUUGAAAUUGGGGUUUAAACCUGACAAAAAAGCAUAUAAGCGAUUGAUUUCUGGGUUUGGCUAAAUAAUACAUUUUCGCCUCAUUUAUAUUUUAUCUCUUCACUUACAAUACAUACUGUACAGCAUGGUUGCUCACCUGAGAGUAGAUCUUGGUGAUGCUCGCUUUCGGUAGCCAUCCAAUUUUUUAUCUCUCUAUGCACAAUUUAAACAGCAUACAAUGAGAAAUAUGAAUCUGUCCUUUACUUACAAAAGAGGUGUCACUAUUCGGUUGCAUUUCAGCUUUCACUCUUUCUGAAGUGAUUCAUACUGUCUCUUGUGAUGUGUGACGCUGAGGUCAAUCAACUUAAACAUCUGAGUGUAAUUCUAGUGGUAUUUGAAGUUGUCUCUGGGCUUCCUAUUAAUUGGAGAAAAGUUACUUGU